AUGCCGCAGCAGCAGCAGCAGCGGACGGCGGGGAGCGUCCCUCGGCGGCACCCGUCGCCGCGCAGCCAGGAGGGCGCGACUCCUCCGCGGAGCCGAAACCGCUUCCGCGCACCAUGGGCAGAGAGCCUCGCGGGGGGCAGGGACUCCGGUCCCCCCCGCCGGUCCCCUGCGACCGCCUCUCCCCCCGCCUGUAGGCCCCCCCGCGGAGGCCCCCCCAGCCCCCCCUGGCGGCCCCCCCCCCCGCUGACCCCCCCGCCCCUGUCCCGCAGGUGGCGCUGCUUCUUCCUCUACGACGCCUCGAAGGUGCGGGGCGAGGGCGACCCCACCCGCGCCGGGAUCUGCUGCUUCCACCCGCGCCAGGCCCCUCGGGACGAGCAGGAGCUGCUGUGCGGGCAGAUCGCGGGCGUGGCCCGCUGCGCCCUGGAGAUCUCCGGCUCCCCGCCGGGCCUCGUCCGGCUGCGGAAGCUGAAGUUCGCGCUGGAAGCCGAGGGCAGCUAUCUGUGGGUGCUGGGCUGCACCGCCGACCUCUCGGACCUCAGCUGCAGGCGGCUCCUGGAGCGGCUGGUGGGCCUCUUCCGCUUCUACAACGGGCCGCCUUCUCGGGCUUACGCGGAGCGCUCGCAGGAGGAGCUGGACCAGGAGUGGGAGCUGUAUGUGAGCCACCUGCAGCAGAGCUCCAGUGACCUCCACCGGGCUUUUAAUUCCCUCUGGGCCUUGGACAAAAGCAAGGUGGACCCUUUGCUCUUGUUGAAAGCGGCCCUCAUCCUGCAGAGCUGCCAGCGUUCCCGCCACGUGCUGGCCGGCUGCAUCCUCUACAGGGGUCUGGUGGUCAGUACACAGCUGCCACCUGAGCUCACUGCCAGAGUUUUGCUGCAGAAGCGGGCCGAGGGAAGCAGUGGGCCAGACAAGAAGGCAGCGCAGCUCAAAGAGGGCAGCCCCCCGGCCUCUUUUGUGCCGACACCUUUACCGCCAGGGGUCUGUGUCACACCUGUUUACCUCUUGGAGGAUGAAGCAGCCGCCCUGCGGGAACUGCCUGUAGAGUGGACGACCAGGAGGCCCCAGGGGGACCUGGCUGGCCGCAAAGGGGGAGAGACUCCCGCAGGAGGGGCCGAGGGGGCUGCCUGGGUGAGGAUGGCCUUGUACGUUCACCCCAUCCGGGACCUGGUGCUGGCCCUCCUGGCUGAAGAGGCCUUGGUGAGCUCCGCAGCCUUCACGGAGGACGUGUACCACAGCAGCCUGGCCUCCCUGAACGGCCUGGAGGUCCACCUGGCAGAGACCCUCCCCAAGGGCCCCCUCCCCUCGGCCAGGAGCACCUACAACUUCGCUCACUACGACGCCGUCCAGAACAUCCUCACCACCAACACCCUGCAGGCCCUGAGCCCCGAGGACCAGCUCUUCCUGCAAGCCACGGGCCUGAUCCAUGCCACCUUUGAGCGGCUGCCCACCGCCUCUGAAUUGACGCUCAGGAAUGCCAGCACCGCUGUCUACGGCUGCCGGAACGCCGUCCAGGAGAGCUACUUUCAGCAGAGGGGCUCGACGCCCUCCAACUCCGGGGUGCCCAAUCCCCGGGACAGCAUCGUCGGUCUGCCCGGCAAGGCCAGGCUGAAGCUGCUCAAGCACGGGGUGAACCUGCUGUGAGGCUGGACUCCGUGCCCCUCCAGGGCGGCCUCCGUCCUGGCGCAGAGGCCUUGGAAGCCUGCCAAUUGCGCUUGGCCCACCGACUCCUUGCCACGUCUCCCCAAGGCCUGCCCGCCGUUGGCCCCGCCUGGAGGGAGCAGCGGUUCAGCUGCUUCUGCAUCUCAGGGCCCUUCUGGCCUGGGGGGUCCGCCCUUGGGGGGGGGGAAGCGCUCUGCUGGGACUCCGCCCUCACCAGGGCCUGCAAGGGCAGCGCCCCCCACUUCAGACAUGGGGAAACAAGGGGGGCCUUUGGAAAGGCCAGAGCGUGGCUGCUGCUGCCCCCUGCCAGAAGAAGAAGAGGGGGGGGGAGCUGCAGCAGUUGUGGUGGGGGGGUGUCCUUCCUCCACCCUCUCUGAACGGCAGAGGGUGGCACUGAGGGGAGCCUUCCUCUGCCCGGCUCUCACCCACGGCCCCGGCUUCCCCACUUCCGGGGCGGCGGGGUGAGUGUC